AUGAGAAGCAAAUCCAUCUUAGCUGGUGCCGUUAAUGUUCCAAUUGAACCAACAUCAAAUGUUGACUCACGAACGACAAACAAUAUUGUCAUAAAGAACUAUAGUUCAGAAUGUUUGAAAGAUAAAGAAGAACUGAAAUCAGUGAAUUUAAACACAGCUUCAAACGCUAACGCUACAUCAGAUGUUAAGUUAGAGUAUCCACCAUUAGACCAAGUUCUUUCAAGAGAAGCCAACGACAACCCUUACACAAAUGUUCAAACAAAUCCUUCAGAUAACGUAGACCAUUACCUUCUUCAGUUAUAUCAAACUAUCUUACUCAAAGACGAUAAGAAGCUUUUGACAAAUCUUAUAAGUAAGAACCAAAUAAUUCUAACAAAGGAGGACCUUGAAAAUGUUAUAUCACGAAUAACAGGAAAACAAUGUGUCAUUGACUAUCUCGACCCUGAAAUCGAAUGCUGUAGUCAAACUCCAAUAUUCAUGAAAAUAGGUAACAUCCGCAUCAUUGAAACCCCAGGUACUCCUGGAGUUGAGUUUAAGUAUAGAUAUUCGAACGAGUAUACAAAACUAUCUACUGACUAUAAGCUUUGUUUGAAAUAUGUUUUAGUAAAUUAA